UCCUCCUCAGUAUUCCCAUUCCCAUUGAAGUUUAAUGGAUAGCAGCUUCGUUCUGCUUCAACAAAGGUAAGGCUUUUACGCCUUUGAGUUUCCAUACAUUCCAUUUUCAGGUGAAUUCAUUUCGAUUCUUGAAUGAUCUUUGCUUCUUCACUGAAAUGACCUCAAUAUUAAGAAGAAACCAAUCCUUAAAAUCAAUCCUCAGAACCCCCAAAGACCCAUUUUUUACGAAACCAACCCUUAAACCCUACAAAAACCCUCAAACCUCAUCUACUUACUUCCUCCCUAGGGUACUAAACCAAAUAUACUUUUCGACCCAUUCGUCGAAAUUCCCUGAAUAUGAAAUGCCAACUGUAACAUGGGGUGUAAUCCAAGGCCGUAAAGAAAAGUUGGUGUCACGUGUCAUAAUCUGUGAUUAUUUGAAAAGUAUAGGAAUUAUCCCUGAUGAAUUAGAGGAGUUAGAAUUACCCUCAACCGUUGAAGUUAUGCGCGAACGCGUUGAGUUCUUGCAGAAAAUUGGACUGACAGUUGAUGAUAUUAAUGAAUACCCUUUAAUGCUUGGUUGUAGUGUGAGGAAAAACAUUAUUCCUGUUUUGUCAUACUUGGAAAAAAUUGGGAUUCAAAAGUCUAGGCUUGGUGAGUUUGUUAAGAACUACCCCCAAUGUCUACACGCUAGUGUCGUCGUGGAGCUUGUUCCGGUUAUUAAAUUUCUACGAGGUCUUGAUGUUGAGAAACAAGAUAUUGGGUAUGUUUUGAUGAAAUAUCCUGAGUUGUUAGGGUUUAAGCUUGAGGGAACAAUGAGUACUUCAGUUGCUUACUUGGUUAGUAUAGGGGUUAAUCCGAGGGAUGUAGGGCCGAUGGUAACACAAUAUCCAUAUUUUCUUGGAAUGAGAGUUGGGACGACGAUUAAACCACUUGUGGAUUAUUUGGUUUCGUUGGGUUUGCCAAAGAAAAUCUUGGCGAGGAUGUUGGAGAAGCGAGCAUAUCUACUUGGUUAUGAUCUUGAAGAGACGGUGAAACCUAAUGUGAAUUGCUUACUCAGUUUUGGAAUUAGGAAGGAUGCUUUGCCUUCUGUUAUUGCACAAUAUCCACAAAUUAUUGGUUUGCCUUUGAAGGCUAAGCUGUCGUCGCAACAGUAUUUCUUUAACUUAAAGCUCAAGAUUGAUCCUGAUGGUUUUGCUCGAAUAAUCGAGAAGAUGCCGCAAAUUGUUAGCCUACACCAGCAUGUGAUAAUGAAACCUGUUGAGUUCCUUCUUGGACGGGGAUUUUCAGCUGAUGAUGUGGCGAAGAUGAUUGUUAAAUGUCCUCAGUUAGUUGCUUUGCAAGUUGGCCUCAUGAAAAAUAGCUAUUACUUUUUCAAGAAUGAUAUGGGUAGACCAAUGAACGAACUUGUGGACUUCCCGGACUACUUCACAUACAGCUUGGAAUCGAGAAUCAAACCCAGGUACCAGAGGUUGCAAAGCAAAGGAAUCAGAUGUUCUUUGGCUUGGUUUCUCAAUUGUAGUGACCAAAGAUUUGAAGAGAGAUUGUAUGGUGAUUAUAUAGAGCCUGAAAGUUCUGGUCCGUCAUUUUAUAUGGGUGGGAAGUUAGAGCUACCAGGCAAUGAGAUCGUAUCAGAAGAGGAGGAAAGUGAUGAUGAAACACUUUAUAGACGCACUGUCUCAUUGUAGUUUACUUUGUAACAUUCGUGAAUUGGGUAUAAAUGCUAAUAUCUUUCAAUAUUAGUUGAAUUCUUUUGCUGCU